ACUGACUGUCCCGAGGGUUUUUCCCACACCAACCCCCCCCCCCAGCAGAAGGACGAUGGCGCCGCCCAGAGGCGAUGACGUCAGAGGUGGGCGGGGCCAGCGGCAGGUAAACAUGGAUCCCGUGCUGUACGCCUUGGCUGCCGUCAUCAUCGCCGUCUUAAUCUUCUUCGUGUCGCAGUUGGGACGACAGGUGAAGAAAGAUCGGAAUCAACAGCAAAAUGUGGCAGCUGCUGUUGGAAGGCCACAGCCCCUUAAUGAAGAUCGGGCAGCGGGUGCUCCCAGAGUGCGACGCAACCUUAGAUCCAGGAUUAUGGCUCGGAGACUGCAAGAAGCAGAACAGGAAGCUGAAGUUGAUGAAGGGGAUGCAGAGAAAGUAGAUUCAGAAUUUCAUACACAGGGCAAAAUUGGAGCUAAGAAGCAGCGGAAAUUGGAAGAAAAGGAACAGCGCAGAGCACAAAGAGAGGCCGAAGAAGCAGACAGAGAGGAACGCCGAAAGUUGCAGCUUCAGAGAGAUGAAGAAAGGAGAAAAGAUGAGGAACGAUUACGCCUUGAAGAGCAGAAGAAGGAAGAAGAAUUGAAAAAAGCUUGGGAAGAAAAGCAGCGCCGUGACCAUGAAGAAUACCUGAAGUUGAAAGAAUCAUUUGUCGUUGAAGAGGAAGGAAUUGAGGUCCAGGAAACAGAAGAAGAGUCUGAGAACCUUCUGCAAAUGUUCAUCGACUACAUCAAGAGAACAAAAGUUGUUCUUUUGGAAGAACUUGCCUCUCAUUUUGGCUUGAGGACACAGGAUGCUAUUAACAGACUCCAAAAUUUGAUUGCUGAAGGAUCUCUAACAGGUGUCCUUGAUGAUCGUGGGAAAUUCAUAUACAUCACUGAACAGGAACUUGCUGCUGUGGCUCAAUUUAUAAGGCAGCAAGGACGUGUUUCGAUAGUUGAACUGGCACAAGCCAGCAACUCUCUCAUUAACCUCAACCCAGACUCAAGAACUAUUCCUGAAUCUGUGGCCUAAUGUUCUCCGACUUUACAAAAAUAAAGUUGCAAACUAUGUA